AUGUGUAAUGUUCGGCUUUGUUCUAUAUAUUUGAUUGUGUCACUCUCUUUAAGUUUGUACAUAGUCUAUCCAUGUUCCUGUCAAUCUACGAAUGGUAAAGAUUAUGGAGGAGUCAUAAGUAGAGACAAUUCCUAUGAUUUUGGGCAGUUUAAAGAUUUCGAUGUCGAGCGAUUUUCGAGUAACAAAGCUAAAGAUGUGGCAUUUUUGACAAAUUUGAUAGAAGAUAUACGAAAGCAAGCCCUUACUUAUGAAUUACCCAUAAAUGCUAGCGAAUAUAAAGCCAACAAAAAGUCCAUUAAAGAUUUCGGUUCUUUUGACUUUAUUAUAAUUGGAGCUGGAUCUGCUGGCAGCCUUUUAGCUAAUAGAUUGUCUGAAGUUAAAGAGUGGAAAAUAUUGCUAAUAGAGGCUGGUGGAUAUGGAGAUAACAUCACGGACAUCCCUAAUAUGUACUUCGAAGUCGAAUAUACAGACUAUAAUUGGGGAUUCGUUAGUGUUCCACAGAAAACUGCCUGUUUAGGUAUGGUUGAAAAAAAGUGUCCAAACGCCAGAGGACGAGGUGUAGGUGGAACAACUUUAAUAAAUGGCUUAGUCUACUCCAGAGGUUCAAGCCUAGAUUUUGAUCGCUGGGCAAAUAAAGUACAAGAUUCUAGAUGGUCAUACAAUAACGUUUUGCCUCUUUUUAAAAGAACCGAAAGGUUUAACCACAGAGAUAAGCAAGCACCUGUUAAUAAAUCAAUCCAUGGAUAUCAAGGACUCCUCAAUGUCGAAUACCAUUUACCAGAAAGUCCUCAACUAGUAGCUUGGCUAGGCGCACAUGCAGAGCUAGGUUUACCGAUAGCUGAUUACAAUGCUGGAACAGGAUUAGGAGCAUCUCCUGCUCAAAUCAAUACAAAAAAUGGAAGGAGACAGGAUGCUGGAACAGCGUUUAUACUACCCAUUCUUAAGAGAAAAAAUUUAUGGGUUUCUACCUAUAGCUAUGCCACUAGAAUCCUUUUAGAUCAAAACAAAGUAGCUAGAGGUGUUGCUUUUACCAGAAAUGGUCAAAAUUUUAUUGCUACAGCCUCUAAAGAAGUCGUACUGAGCGCAGGAGCAUUUCAAACACCACAGCUUCUUAUGUUGUCAGGAAUAGGACCUAAACAUCAUUUAAGCUCUUUAAAUAUCACAGUAGUUCAAGAUUUAGCGGUAGGGAGUACCCUUCGGGAUCACGCUUGUUUUUAUGGUUUGUCGUUUAGUACCAAUUAUACGGAGCCUAUUUUGCCACUGCAGAAUUACGUGUCCCAAUUUUUGAAAGGAGUAGGACCACUAGCUGCACCGGGAAAUAAUCAGGGAGUUGGAUUUUACGAAUCACAAUUUACUAGAGGUACUGGUUAUCCGGAUAUAGAAAUAAUGUUUAUACCAUCAAAUGCUACAACCAACCUAUCCCAGAGAGCUUUCAGGUUGACUAACGAGACCUACGAAGACGUUUGGAAGUAUACCGAUCCAGCUAAGUCUUAUGUAGCUUAUGUAACAGCACUGCAUUCUGAUUCCAUCGGUACUGUCCGUUUGAGAAGUAAUGAUCCUUUCGAUUAUCCACUAAUCGAUAACCGAUUUUUAUCAGAUCCGUACAACAGAGACAUAAGACGACUAUAUGAAGGUAUACUCAUUUUUUUAAAGUUAAAGGAAACUAACGCCAUGCGUCUUAUUAAUACAAAAUUACAAGGAGGACCAUUAAGAGCCUGUAAUCAAUACUCGUACCAAUCUAGGGGCUACUGGUUCUGCGCAAUUCGACAGAUGACUAUGAACCUUUAUCAUCCUGUAGGAACUACGCCCAUGGGUCCAAAUCCUCAUGGUGGAGAUGUCGUAGAUUCAGAAUGUCGAGUUCAUGGUGUUAAGGGGUUAAGAGUUGUAGAUGGAAGUGUUUUUCCUUUUACACUAGCAGGUCAUCCUAAUGCCCCCAUUAUGUUAGUGGCGGAAAUGGCGUCUGAUUUUAUUAAGAAUCAAUAUGUAUAA